CGUUACCGCAGAUUAACAAAUACAUUGUAUAUUUUCGAACUUCCGAACAAUCAGAGGAUUUUAAAUUAAUUGUGACAUUAUUAAAGGAAAUAAUCAAUCGUCCAUAAAAAUAUAUGUGUAGGUAAUCAAGAUGUCAGAGCAAUAUGUGGGCUGUACGGUUUCUGUUAAAUGUAUCGAAGAAAUUGGAACUUAUCAAGGACAGAUAGUUGAUUUGAAUAAAGAUUAUGUUACGCUUUCAAAAGCUUUCUGUAAUGGAGUGCCUCAUAGUUCGUCUAUUGUUGUAUUAAGUGUAAAAGAUAUAUUGAACGUUCAGUUUAUAUCGAUUAACGAGACAGAAUCUACUGCAAAUGAUAGUAAUCAAACACAGAAUAAAGUAACUGUAAAAAGACCUAUCGCUAAAAGAGCCGGUAGAUCCUUUUCAGAAACUAUUCCAUUUUCUACUCAGUCCACUUCGUCUCAAACUCCAUCUAAUAUAAAAAAACCAGAUACUAAUGCCCAAUGCCCUACGGAACAACCAUCAAACGGAAGGGUUCCAUUAGCCGAAUCUGCUGGUAAACCAAUACAAAAACGAUUAAGUCAUAGACAGAGAGCUUUAGAACGAGAUGAAAACACGUUUGGUACACCAAUCGAUCAGUCUUUGAGUCAAGAUUUUGAUUUUGAGAAGAAUUUGGCAUUAUUUAAUAAAGAGGCUGUGUGGCAAGAAAUAAAUUCAUUAAAACCUGACAUUAUCAGGCAAUCUGAAAAUAACAGGGGUACUACUGGAAUAUAUAGGCACGAUGAAAAUAUUAUUGUUUCCGAACCCACAGUUUUCAGACAAAUAACAGUACCUAGUGCAGAUGAGAAAGAAUAUGUAACUGACAAUGGUCUAAUAAUUCCUAGCAUAACUCUUAACCUUCAUCGUCAAUUAAUAGGAGCGGCAGAUCGACUCGGAAUUAGUUGGGAGCGUAGAGUGGAACUUCUUGGCCGUGCUGGUGCAGAAAUUAUUUUGCAACUAUUGGGGGGAAGUCAUAGACUCAAUCCAAAUAAUGCACACCAAUGGCCAACGGUUGUUGCGCUUUGCGGGCCUCAUCGUUCUGGUGCAGCAGGUGUUAAUUGCGCUAGACAAUUAUCUAGUCACGGCGUUAAAACAAUAGUAUUUGUAGAAAAUUCGGAAGAUGUUUUCCUUUUACAAGAGUUAUCUUUAUAUAAACUAACAGAAAAUAAGGUAGAGACUAAAGUUAAGAAUUUACCGUCAUUGGUGGAUUUAAUAGUCGUGGCACUUUGCGACGAAAAUUCUCCAAAAGUAAUUACCCCGAUAGCAAAGUGGGCAAAUAGUAACAGAGCACCUAUUUUAGCUAUUGAACCACCAGCUACAGGCACACCUGGUAUUUUUAGUAAAUUCAGCUUACUUGGUGGAUUACCAUUGUUCCAUAGCGUUAACAAUGGUAGAUUAUAUUUAUGCAAUCUUGCACUGCCGAACGAAGUAUACAGAGACGUUGGUAUCACAUACAGGUCUCCUUUUGGACCCAAAUUUGUCAUUCCUUUGCAUUCCAAUAACUCUUAGCAAAAUUAUACGGACGACACUUCUCAUAGGAUAUCUUAGUUUAAUAUUAAUUUUAAGUCUUGCAUCUAUAAAAUUAUACUUAUUUUUCAAAAAUAUUUUCCAAAUUUAUUUAAAUAAGGAAAAUGAUAAUGUCGCAUUUAACAUGAUGUAGUUAAAAUAUUUUCUGUACAUAGAGUGUUGUAUUUUAAUGUGCAAAAUCACACAUAACUGUUUUUUUACACGCGUAAGUAUAUAAUGUAUGCAAAAGUUUCACAUGGAAAGAGGCAGACUGAUAUAAAAAGUUAGUGAUUUCUAAUUGGAAACAAUAAAUUGUACAAUUUCAAAACAAAUUACAAAUCAUUGUAAUUCAAUAUUAUAUAUGCAUAUGUUUGUUUGAUUCGUUUGAAUAGGUGUGCUGUUUGCUAUUGCAAUAUGCGCAUAAUAUUUAAUUAUCAAACAAUAUAAUCAGAUAAUAGAAGUUAUGUACAUAUGAAACAUGCGUCCUACUUUUAUCUAUAACUAGCAGAACUUAAUAUUGCUGAAAUGCUAGAAUAAAUGGUCUAAAUUCAAAUAAAUCAUUACGGAAAUGAAGUUUUGUGUUACUUUAGAUUUUGAUUAUUCUAAUUCUGUAAUAAAGAAGACCAACAUAUUUUUUUGUAACUUAACUUGCGAUAUAUUGACAUAAAAAAAAUUUGUGAAGUACUUAUUUAUGAAUUGUCUACUAAAAGUACAAUAGAAUUUGCAUUCAACAUUACCGUAUAACUUACUAUUACAGGGCAAAAGGUAAACAAAAUUUUAUUACAUUGUUUAGAGCGUAAAAUAAAUAAUGGUUGUUAUAGUUUUUAAACUUGUUUUUAUAUA